CGUUGCCUCCACCACCAAAAUUUGCUUCUGCAAGCAGCACCUCACUUCUCCUUUCGACCCAGAAACAGGCAUCUGCAGCAGGGACAGCACAGAACAGAGCCACCAGCAGCCCCAUGGCUCACAACGUGCUCUAUGCUGACCUGAGAUUCACCAAGGGGCCGGGGGGCCAUGGCACAACCAGCCAGGUGCUGGAGGCAGCCAGCAUGGAUGAUACAGACAGCCCCUAUGAGAAUGUUGUACUGGGACCGGCACCUGUGGGGACAGCAGGGGAAGGGACCCAACGCAGCCCAGGGCACUGGUCCCGGCGGCGCUGUGUACCUGUGGGGCUGCUGGCAACUGUUCUGCUGCUGUCGGUGUCCUUGGUGUCCUUGGUGGCCCUGGGGACCUGCUACUGGCAGGUGACCCACCAGCUGCAAAAUAUAACCGUGGAGCAGGCCACUGAGCGCGACCACUUUGCAAAGGAGGAACAAGUGUGGGAGCAGAACCUGAAGCAGACACAGCAGGAGCUGGCAUGGGUGCAAGAAGAGCUGCAACAAGCAUGGCAGGAGGCCAGAAACAGACAGCAGGAGCUGGCCAGUCGGGAGGCCGAGCUGGUGCAUGUCUCAGGGGCCCUGAAUGCGACCCAGAAGGAGCUGCAGGAUGUGCAGGGGAAGCUCAGAGACAGCAAGGAGGCAGCGAGCAGCCUGCGUGUCUGCCUGAAUGCAGACUGCUGCCCCUCGGGCUGGCUGCUCUAUCGUGGCAAGUGCCUCUUCAUCUCUGCUAUGAAGAAGAGCUGGUCAAGCAGCAGCUUGGACUGUCAGGUGAAACAGUCUCAUCUGCUGUCCCAAGGUGACUGGGCGUCGUGGAUGCUGCCAAGGUUUCUCCAAGCAAGCAGUGCCAUGUACUGGAUCAAGGGAGGAGACUAUUAUGAUGCAAGGAGUGGAGAUUGUGCACUGCUAGCAGCUGGGAAAAUGCAGAGAUCAUCAUGCUGGAAGCCUUACCCAUGGAUCUGUGAGCAGCCCCCAACACUGAGCAGCGUGUCCGAGAGCCUCAAUCCUCUCCUGACCAAGGACUGACUCUGCUGCCAGCAUCUCCACGUCACAGGGCUGGGGCACAGCAGAUGGCCUUCCUGCAGAAAUAUCCCAGUGCUGUGUGUGCAGUGUUUCCCACAUGUGGCAAAGAGCUGAGAAAAUGUUCUGGAGGACUGCCUGUAUUUUAAAGCAAGGCUUAUGAAAAAUAGACAUCGUUCCCCUCUCCCACAUUCAUACAGACACUUGUACCAACAUUGUCCUGCUCCCUAGGUCCGCACACGUGUCCCCAUGUAACAUGGCAAGUCUUUCACUGUGAUAUCAUGCUGGAUUCAUGAUAAUAUUCAGGUUUGAUAUGAGAAAAAAUUUCUUCUCUGAAAGAGUGGUGAUGCUCUGGCACAGGCUGCCCUAUGGAUCUGGUGGAUUCACUAUCUCUGGGGGUGUCCAAGAGCCACAGAGAUGUGGCAGUGAGGAAGGUGGUCGGGGGCAGCUGGUUUGGAGUGGGCUGGAUCAAUUUAGUGGUCUUUUCCAACCUUAAUGGUUCUAUGAUUCUGUGAUUCUGCCUGGGGAAGGUGUGGGCAGCAGUGCUAUCAGCAUGAGAAAUAUUCUGGUAGUCCUGAGAGGAAAUGAGGGUGCAGUGGAGAGCCCUGAGAUCGUGUGGGGAAAGGAAGGAGCUCCAAGGCCAUAAGAGGAAAUGGAGGUGCAGUGAGGAUCCCGAAAACCAUGGUGUAGGUGGGGAAGACUUGGGAACAUGGGAGAGAGCCCUGACUCCAGGGAGAAAAAAAUCUGACAACAUCAACAGUUAGCAAUGGGGCAUCUGUAAAGCCAAGGGGCUUCCCAAGGCAGACAGCUUAGGAACAACAAUGGGGCCAUCAUAGCCAUCUUCAAAAUGUGUAAGAUGUGACUGCCAUGCAGAGGACGUGAGCAGGAUUCAGUGUGGCGUGGCUGAGAGCCCUGAGCAGAGGGCAGGGCACUGUGAGCAUGCCAUCAAGAUCCUGGAAUGAAACUCGCCAACCCAGAGGACAGGUUGGAAAGCCAACUUCACUUACACUGUGUUAAUAUGAGGUUCUUGCAAGGA